AUGGACUUUUGUUCUCAAUUUGUUUCUUGGAUCCUCUCUUGUAUCUGCACCUCUUCUUUUUCUUUUAAUAUUUUGGGUCAGCCUCUAGGUAUGUUGAAACCUUCUAGAGGCCUUAGACAAGGAGACCCUCUGUCUCCUUAUCUUUUUAUUAUUAUAUCAGAAGCUCUUUCUAAUCUUAUUAAACAGGCCUCUAUUUUGUACUCAUUCCAGGGUAUUAAAAUCAGUAAAGCUUCUCCCCCAGUCAUUCAUCUGUUUUUUGUCGAUGACUCUAUUUUCUUUUGUAAAGCAGAUACUUCCCAUGCCCUUUUGAUUUCUACUAUACUUAGACUAUAUGGGCUGGAUUCAAGCCAGCAUGUUAAUAUGCAUAAAUCUUCCAUAUUUUUCUCUAAGAAUACCCCUCAACAUAUUAAGUCUAAUACUGUUUCCAUUUUGAAUGGCAUUUCCAUAGUCCACUCCACUAAAUACCUUGGUCUACCUUUGGGCUUGGGUAGAUCCAAAAAGGAUAUUUUUAGUUUUGUUACUAAUAAAGUCAACCAAAGAUUAUCCUCAUGGAAAAAUAUAUUUCUUAGUGAAGCUGGAAAAGCCUUUUUACUUAACUCAGUCAUUGGUGCCCUGUCUACUUUUGUGAUGUCCUGUUUCAAGCUUCCCCUUGCAGUUUGCAAAGAUAUUUGCAGGUUAUGUGCUUCAUUUUGGUGGGGUUCCCGAGACAACGACAGAAAUAAGAUCCAUUGGGCUUCAUGGCAGAAGUUAACUCUUCCCAAAGAAUGCG